ACCAGACAUCACUACUCUGAGUUUACGUUCACCUCGUUUGUUGUGAUUCGCAUAUUCGUCUAACUCGCAAUAUAAUGUGAUUUCUUUGUGUGAAACUGUGCCGAAAAUCCUAGAGAAUGCAACCGAACGAUCUCUCAAUUCCUCGAGGUGAGAACCAGAUCAAGGAAAAGCUGAAUCUUCACGUUAAGAAGCGUCUUCAAGAAACAAGUAAAUCAACAAAAAUCCUAUUGAGCCCUGCGUGCCCACUGGUGUUAUCACCUAAGGCGGGACCAUCGACAUCAAAGACUAAAAAGGUAAAGACAAAACAUGCGACCUCCAAUGCCACAUCUGUGUUAGAGAUUAACAGCAACAUCGUGGCACAACCCCCUAAGAGCGGUAGUGGCAAUAAACCAACAGCUGAAUUGCUCCUCUCUCCAGGCGCCAUUGGGGGGAACAGUAACGAUGCCACCAACAGCAGCUUCAACUCUGUCGAUUUGGAUCCCGAUGCUAAUGUCUCGAACGAUUGCCACGAACGUACGGUCACAGAUAAGUGCGGGCUGAAUACGAAGUCCUUACCAAGACCCGAUAUAUUCACUCUUGUAUUGAAUGAAAAGAAGAGUUCACUGAUGCGCGAUCCUGAGGUUAUGAAAUUGUUAAAUGAUUUAAUGAAAAAGCAAAAUAAACAGUGAAA